GCUCACAGCACCCACAAACAUGGCAGGGAAGAUUCAGACUCUGACUAUGGAGGAACGGGAACAUCUCCUGCCCAUGAUGAGGAAUGCGCAGUGGGUGGAGGUGGGGGGCAGAGAUGCCAUUUACAAAGAGUUCAUCUUCAAAGACUUCAACCAGGCUUUUGGGUUCAUGUCCAGAGUUGCUUUACAGGCUGAGAAAAUGGAUCAUCAUCCUGAAUGGUUUAAUGUGUAUAAUAAGGUUCAGAUCACCCUCAGCACUCACGAAUGUGGAGGACUCUCACAGCGAGACAUCAACCUCGCCACCUUCAUAGACCAGGCCUCUGUCCUGUGAAUGGAACCUCUCAUUAAACUUCUUCAACCCCUCUUACCUAUAAAACUGGACCAACGAUGUUGUGAAACUUUCCGGAGUUAUCAGCAUAUCAGUUUUAGCUGUGUGUAGUUUGGCUGUUACAGGUGCAUUUUUCUUAAUAAGGAAGUCAGGAGAAAUGUAAACUUAAAUCAUUUCACAUUCUGAGUGUAUAAAUAUGGCACAGAUCUGAUCUGAAAAUUGCUGAAAAACUGACAUCACUGUGUUUUAUGGUUAAAUCUUUUCUUUUUUUAAGUGAAAUAUACAGUGCCUUCAUUUGAAUCCAGCGAUAACUGCUUAGUGCCUCAGUCAAUUGUAAGUGUAUUAAACUGAACGUUUGCCAAC